AUGGCUACCAGAGCACACGUACCCGAACAAGUCAGAGGUGUUCCCGCCGUGGAUGGUGCAAAGAUGCAGAACAAAAACGGUGCCGUGAAGAAUCGUCGCGCUCUCGGCGACAUCGGAAAUCUCGUUUCUGUCCCCGUGGUUCAAGGAGGAAAGCCCCAACCUCCGAUCAACAGACCCAUCACUCGAAGCUUCCGUGCUCAGCUCUUAGCGAAUGCCCAAAACGAGAGGAACCCAAUCAACGUCGUAGACAACAACAAGGCUCCGGUUCUCGCCCCGAAGAAACGCCAGCCUCUUGUUCCAAAGAACCCUGAAGCUCCAAGAGCGAACCAGAAGAAGAAUCUGGUGAUUAAGCUAAACCCUAAAGUUGAGACUAAGAAGGAGGAGAAGCUAGCAGAGUCGUCGCCUAAGAACAAGAAAGCCACUACAUACUCGUCUGUUCUCAGUGCUCGGAGCAAAGCUGCUUGUGGUAUCACCAACAAGCCAAAGAUUGUGGAUAUCGAUGAGUCUGACAAAGGUAACCAUUUGGCUGCGGUGGAGUAUGUUGAUGAUAUGUACUCGUACUACAAAGAGGUCGAGAAGGAGAGUCAGCCUCAGAUGUAUAUGCACAUUCAGACUGAUAUGAAUGAGAAGAUGAGAGCCAUCUUGAUUGAUUGGUUAUUGGAAGUCCACAUCAAGUUUGAGCUUAACCUUGAAACUUUCUACCUCACUGUCAACAUCAUUGAUCGGUUCCUCUCUGUGAAAGCUGUCCCCAAGAGAGAGUUGCAGCUGGUGGGAAUCAGUGCCUUGCUCAUUGCUUCCAAGUAUGAAGAAAUCUGGCCACCACAGGUGAAUGAUUUGGUGUACGUGACAGACAAUGCUUACAACAACAAGCAGAUUCUGGUGAUGGAGAAAACUAUCCUUGGAAACCUCGAAUGGUAUUUGACAGUCCCAACUCAAUACGUCUUCCUUGUCCGCUUCAUCAAAGCUUCGAUUUCUGAUCUAGAGAUGGAGAAUAUGGUUCACUUUCUUGCUGAAUUGGGGAUGAUGCAUUAUGAGACCUUGAAGUUCUGUCCCUCCAUGCUUGCUGCUUCAGCUGUUUACACCGCGAGGUGCGCAUUGAACAAGUCCCCUGCUUGGACUGAUACAUUGAAGUUCCACACCGGCUACUCUGAGUCUGAGAUUAUGGAUUGCUCAAAGCUUCUAGCUUUUCAUCACUCGAGGUGCGGAGAGAGCAGGUUGCGUGCUGUGUACAAGAAGUAUUCAAAGGCAGAGAAAGGAGGUGUUGCUAUGGUUUCAGCAGCCAAGUCUCUCUUGAGCGCUGAUGAUUUGAAGAAGCCUGUUUCUGCUUAA